CGCCGGGGGCCGUAGCCGUCGUAGUGCCCGGCGGGGAGGCGGGAGGCCGGUUUGUCCACAAGAGGGCUCCAGGUUUGUCCAGGCCCAGAACGCCGGGGAAAGAGCAGGCGGCGGCGAGGCGUUACCAUGUCAACCCAGUCUUACAGAUUUUUGCCAGAUGACUGACUGCAUUCUGCGCAAUGAAGAAAGGGUCACUACAAAGAACAUCACCUAGAAAAAGACAGAUAUCACCCUCUCGUACACCUAGUCCAAUGUCGACUGUCACUUCAAGUACCAGGUCACCAUCUCCUCUUAGCAGGCAGGGCACACCUGCUACUUACAAAACAAGGGGACAGAGGUAUCAACAGCUUGAUGUUACAGUAGAGAGUGAUGUAGGAGCUUCUUUUGAAUAUCAGAUUGACAAAGAUGAAGACUCUAUUAGUCCAGGAGUUAGAUACAUUACAGAAUCUCUUAUUAAAAAGCUGUCCAAACAAGAAAAUCUGACAUAUGUAAACUCACUGAAUCUUUCUCUUGCUAAGGAUGGGGGCAAGAAAUUUAAGUAUAUAGAAAACUUGGAAAAGUGCUCUAAAUUAGAGGUAUUAAAUCUCAGUAACAAUCAAAUAGAGAAGAUUGAGAAGUUGGAUAAACAGUUAAAGCUACAUGAACUCAAUUUGUCCUACAAUAAAAUCAGUAAAAUUGAAGGUCUAGAGCAUAUGCAGAAUCUACAAAAGUUGAACCUUGCAGGAAAUGAGAUUGAGCACAUUCCUGUAUGGGUAGGCAAGAAAUUAAGGUCCAUGCGCAUCCUUAAUUUGAGGCAAAAUAAAAUAUCAUCACUCCAUGACAUAGCUAAACUGAAGCCCUUAAAAGACAUGACUUCUUUGUUCCUGGCAGACAAUCCAAUUGUAAAUCUGCCUCAUUACCGCCUGUAUACCAUAUUCCACCUGCGCUCACUGGAAAACCUUGACGGACAGCCAGUGACAAAUCAUGACAGGCAGGAGGCUCUUGAGAGGUUUAAUUUAGAAGAAAUAGAAAAAUUAGAAAAAGAUUUAGAAAAAACAAUAAAAGAGAUGGAGGACCUUAAAACUAAACAGUUCGAAGUGCUUGAACAACUUCAGCAUCAAGAUGAGGUGAACAGAUCAUUAAAACAAAAAACCCUGCAACAGAAACAAGUUUACAAAGAACUUGAGAGGGACCUGGACACCAAAAAUGAAUUGCUAAAGCAGAAGACAAUGGAGUUAACCCGAGCAUGCCAGAAGCAAUACGAAUUGGAGCAGGAACUGGCUUUUUAUAAGAUUGAUGCCAAAUUUGAGCCAUUAAGUUAUUUUCCACCAGAGAAUGUUGAACUUGAUGAUGUACCUGGUGAAAGCCCUUACAUUGGUAAAGCCAGGUACAAGAGAAAUAUGUAUAUCAGAAAAGGUUACAUUGCUAAUAAAGCUCAACAAAUACAAGUUGGAAAAAUUGAACUAGAUGAAGAAGAUCUACAUAGGAACCAGCAGCUUAAGUUGAAACUUCAUCAAACUCUAGAUGUUCAGCUAGAAGAUAAAGAAAAAAAGAUUCAAACUGCCGAAGGAAAAUUAGCAGAACUACAAAAUGAAAUAGUAACUGCAGAGCAACACGUUUUAAAAGCAAAGGAGGAACUUAAACAACUGCAAGACACCGUGGCUCAGAAAAAAAUUUCAGAAGCAGAAAAGGAAAGUCUUCAACAGCAACUGAGUGGCAAGAUAUUUCUCCUAAAUCAGCUAAGAGAGGAAGCUUUGGAACUAGAAAAACAGAUGGAAAAACAGAAGCGAGAAAUAGGGAAUAAGCAAAAGGAGAUUGAAGACUUGCAGAGUUUUAUAGAUUCCGUGGAUCCAAAAGAUCCAAGAUAUGCUCACAUGACGGCUCAGAAAGCAAGUAAAGAACAGCAGCUUGAAAUGAUGAACAAACAUUACAAACAGCUUGAAAGUCGCCUGGAUGAGAUGCUUUCUAGGAUUGCUAGGGAAACUGAGGAAAUUAAGGAUCUGGAGCAACAGCUUACAGAUGGUCAAAUAGCAGCAAAUGAAGCACUGAAGAGGGAUUUAGAAGGUAUUAUCAUUGGGUUACAGGAAUACCUUGAGAGUGUUAAGGGUCAGGCCAAGCAGGCCAGUGAUGAAUGUAAGGAGUUGCAGAAGGAUAAGGAGGCUUUGCUGCAAAGAUUGACUGAACUGGAGGAGGAAAGAAAUCAGCUGGAAAUAGUUGCCAUGGAUGCCGAAAACAUGAGAAAAGAAAUUGCAGAGCUUGAAUGUGCACUCCAAGAGCAACGAGAAGUAAAUGAAUCUCUUAGAGAGGCACAAGGGGAUCUCAGUGCAUAUGAGGCUGAACUGGAGGCUCAACUUAAAGUCAGAGACAUUGAAGCCAAUCAACAGAAGGAAGAAUUGGAGAGACUAAAACGACUUAGUCAGAUGGAACACUCAGCCCUGCAAGCUGAACUUGAAAAAGAAAGGCAGGCAUUAGAAAAUGCUCUUACCAAAGCACAAAUAUCAGAAGAGAAGGAACAGGAAAACAAUAAGCUACUUUCCCAGCUCAAACAAUUGCAGGGAGACAAUAGCCUUUUGAAACAACAGCUUAAAGAUCUUCAAAAUCAGCUAAACCAUGCAGUUGACAACAUAAUUCAUCCUGAAGAAGUCACAGCUCGUGUAAGUGAGCUCAAGAGAAAACUGCAGACAGGAAUUGGAGAAAUUAGAUGCCAUAAUUCAACUGAUAUUUUAGGGAAAAGCCUUGCAGACCUGCAGAAACAAUUUAAUGAAAUCCUUGCUCAUUCACAGCAAGAAAAAGAGGAGGCAUGGGCUAGACAGAGACAGUUACAAGAAGAGAUGGCUUCUCAACAAGAGAAACUGGGAGAUGCACAGGAGAAAUAUAGACAGGCCUGUAACAAAGCUGCAGAAGCAAGAAUUAAAUCUGAGAAGAGGCAGAAUGAGACUAGAGUUCAUCAGCUAGAGAAUGAAAUCCAGCACUUGCUUGCAAAAAUAAAGAGUAUGGAAGAAAUACAGGGCCUUGCAGAUCAACAACUUCAAGAAGCUGAUGAGGAGAAGGAGAAAAUUCUUACCCAACUGGAAGAUUUAGAGAAUAAGAAAAACUUAGGUGAUGCCAGGGCCCAAAAGCAAAUUCUUGGCCUAGAUAAAGAAUUGAAGGAAUUAAGAAGAGCAAUAGCCACUUCGGAUAAACUGGCAACCACAGAGCUCUCCAUUGCCAAAGAUCAGCUAAAGUCUCUCCACGGAACUGUUCUCAAAAUUAACCAAGAGCGAGCUGAGGAAUUUCAGGAAGCAGAGAAGUUCUGUAUGCAGGCAGCUCGUGCAGCUCAGGAUCUUGCCCAAGCAGAAGCAGAAAUAGAAUUGUUGCAGAGACUUUUAAAAGAAAAAGGACAGUUUCAGUAUGAAAUGGAAAAAACUGAUGCCGGAGCUGUUGCAUCAAGUUUUCAGAAGUUUGAGAUUGAUAAAUUAAACCAGAUUCUGAAACGUCAGAGAGCAGAAAUUGACCGACUGAAAAGCUUAUUAGACAAUGCCAGGGCAGGUAACAAGGAUGAAAUAGACAAUUUACUGGAUGAAAUUGCAGCACUCAGAGAUGCCCUUUCUUACCAGAAUGAUUACAUCACCAGUAUAGCAGAUCCAUUCAAAAGAAGGGGAUAUUGGUAUUAUAUACCAUCAUCAUCACCACAAGUCUCAACUCCUGGUUCUCACAGCACAAAAGACUCUGGAGUUGGCUUACAGUAUCCUGUCUCAUCCUGGCAUUGCCAGGGCAGGCAAAUCAGGAAGGAAGACUGUGUCUCACCCACUGCAAAAGGAUGCUGGGUUUAUUCCCCAGUCAGGAGUGGGUUCUCCAAAUCACAUUCCAAUAAAGAUGGUGAACAAGGAGAAAAUAAUGGAGGAGAUGGUGAAAUGAAAGCUCCCAGUGACUCUCCCUUUGUAGCGCCUCCUGGUUCAGUUAUUUAUACUGUCCUUCCAGAUGGUGCCCCUGUACCUCAGGGGACUGUAGUUUAUGGACCUCCUCCUGUACCAACCAACGGUAGACCAGUUGCUCCUGGAACAGUUAUCUUUGGACCACCUCCUGCUGGAGCUCAGUUUGUUUAUGGCCCUGUACCUGCUAACUUUUCUGUCCCUCUCAUUCCUAUUGGAGUGCUUCACUGCAAUGUGCCUGAACAUCAUGACUUGGAGAAGGAAAUCUCAAGACUAGAAGAUACUGUGUAUCAUUUAAGGUCUCAGAGAUGUGAAUAUAAGUGGACAGGAGUAUCUGAGUAUAAACAUAAUAAAGAGAUGGAAAAAUUGCAUCAAAACAUUGAAGAUCUCUUGCAUGAAAGGGAAGAGCUGGAGAGUGAAGUAGCAGAGCUACGUAAGACAGCCCAGAAACGCAGUAAACGCAAGGACUUCAUUGAAGGACAUGUUGACAGUCUUAUUAUAGAGCUAGAGUUAGAAAAAUCUCUCAAACAUCACGAAGACAUUGUAGAUGAAAUUGAAUGUAUAGAAAAGACUCUUCGAAAACGACGGGCAGAGCUCCGGGAAGCAGAUCGACUUCUUGCGGAAGCUGAAACUGAACUUGAAAGUACCCGGGGAAAAACCAAAGAAAUUAUUCAGAAGUACAAUUAUGCCAAGCAACACUUGUCUCGUACUGAGACUGAUGCUGAGGAGCUAGAGCGAAGAGCUCAGGAGAUGGCUGUUAAGCUUGUGAAAGCAGAUCAUCAGUUAAGGUUACUUCAGGCAGAUACGAGGGAUUUAGAACAGCACAAGACUAAACAAGAAGGUAUCUUGAAAGAAAUCAAUAAAGUUGUGUCUGCAAGAGAUUCUGAGUUCCAGUCCUUAAGCCAGAAGAUAGAAAUGUUGACUGAAAGUCUUCAGAAGCUGCAGGAAGAUAUUCAGGUUGCAGAAGGUAAUGAAGAUCAUCAUCUCCAAAUUCUUAAAGAAGCAGAAAAUAUUCUUCAAGGCAAAAAAAAUGAGCUGGAAAGAUUGAAAGAUCAGAUAGCAGCUAACCAGCAAGAGCUGCUGCUCUUGGACCGACUAUUGGGUCAAAAAAAAGAAGAGCUGCACCUCCUUCAAGAUGGCAUUGCUCAGAAGAAAGCAAACCUCAAAGAAGCUCUUCAAGAAGGGGAGAUUGAAGUUACUGAUAAACGACGACAAAUAAAAGAAGUAAGGUCAUUUCUGGAACAGCUGAAUGCUCAGAGAGGAGAGCUGAAUGCCCAGAUAAAUGAAAAAAGAACACACCUUUCCCUCAUAAAGCAGGACAUUGGAAAAGAAGAAGAAAAUCUGCAGGGAGUACUAGGACAAAUAACUAAACAUAAGACAGAAUUGAAGCACAUUCUGGAAAUGUUACAGCUUGAAAAUAAUGAACUGCAAGGUCUAAAACUACAACAUAGUCAAAAAAUGAAUGAAUUAGAAAAGACUCAAGUUGCAGUACUAAAGGAGAAACUAGAGUUAGAGAAUCUCCAGCAACUGUCCCAGCAUCAGAGAGGGGAAGUGGAGUGGCAGAGACAGCUCCUUGAGAAAGACCAGCAAGAAAAGGAGGUGCUGGCUUCUCAAAUGCGCACUCUGCAAAACAGUACUGAAUCUUUGAGAAAAGAAAAGCAACAACUUGAAGAAAACUGUCAGAGUUUGGAGAGAAAAUUGUCACAAACUAAAAAAAAUUUAACUGCUAUUGAAGAUAGUAGCAAAGCUGCACUGGCUAAUGUAGAGAAAAUGGACUUAAAUGUCAGAAAACUGCAACAGGAAAUUGAUCAACUAAACAGACACAAAAAAUCGCUAAAUGAAGACAUUGCAGUAAUAGAGCAGCAUCUUCAAGAAAAAAAGGAAGAGCUGGAUACACUGACGGGUGAACUGAGUGACUCCAGGCAACAACUUCAGCUGGUAGAACAGGAUCUGAAAAAUACCACAAGGCAUCAGGAUGAGUUGCUUAGAGAGCAGGCAACCCUAAAAGAAGACAUCAGUGAAUGUUUAAAAAAGUAUAAGGAUUGCCAAGAGAGACAGAAAAGGAAGGAGAACCAACUGCAGCAGCUUCAGAGGGAAAUAGAAGAGAGGGAACUAGAACUAUCCAAACAAGAAAUGAUUCUUCAGCACCUCAAGGCAGACAUUGUGUGUGAAGAAAAAAAAUUAGAAGAGUAUACAGCUAAAUUGAAAGAUCAGAAACAACUCUUGGAACAGGAGCUGACAGACCAACAAAGUAAAUUUGAGCAGGCAAUAGCUAAAGUAAGAUUGGCAGAAGAAAGGGUUGAGAAACUGGAAAAGGAGGAGACCUGGUAUACAGCACUGGAAGAAACAGUGAGAAAAACCAGACAUCAACUCUCAGAAAAAGAAACACAGUUACAAGAAAAAAACCAAGAGUUUUUAUCCCUCCAGAAAGAACUGGAACUCUCAAAGGCUGAGUUAAACCACCUCCAAGAUCAGAUCCUGUCGGAGAGGAAGAAAGCAGAAAAGCAAAUCACAGGUCUGAAGGAAGCAAUCAAAACCCAAAGGACCCAGCUUGAGAGAGCACUUAAUGAAAAAGAGCAUGAAAACAGUUUUUUGCAGAAUGAAAUGGCAUCAGUAGAACGAGUGGCACAUGAUAAUCAUGAACGAGCAAAACGCCUGAUUAAGGAGCUGGGCGAGAUCCAACAGGAUUAUUUGGAUCUCAAGUCACAGAUUAAAACUCAGGAAGAUUUGGAAAAGAGACAAAAGGAGAUAAAAGAUGCAGUGAAGAUGCUAAAAUUGGAGGUGAAAGAUGAAAUUAGAAUUGGCCUUAAAGAUGUAAGCCAAUCUCCUCCAGAGCUGUUGGACGAUCUGGAAGCUGUUUUUGAAGCAAAAGAAUGUCUGGAGUGUGAAUUAGAAAACUUAAAAGAGAACUUUCCAUUUGCAGCUAAUGAGAAAAGACAGCUGUCAUUUGAAGAGAAGAGGGAUUUGUCCAAAGUCCACUUAAUGGAUGAACAGUGGCGUGGAGAAGCACUCAGAGAAAAGCUGCGUCACCAUGAAGAUCGGCUCAAGGCUCAACUUCGACAAUGCAUGUCCAAGCAAGUGGAAGUAUUAAUUAAAGGAAAACGACAAACGGAGGGCACCUUGCACAGCUUAAAGAGACAAGUCGAUGCACUAGAUGAACUAGUUAGCAGCACCGCGACAGAGUCACUCUUUCUGUCCCAAAGCUCAUCAGGGCUAACGUCCUCCCUUCAUGAUGAUCUUAAUGUUACACAGAAUCAGGUUCCUCUGACAGGAGUUGUCAGAUCUCCUGACAGGAGGCCAGCAGGCAUUUCAUCUCGCUCUCAACAAUUCCAUCAAUAUCAUACACAAGAAAUAAUCCCACUAAACCAUGGAGUAGAAGAAUCCUGACAUUUAACAACACUAACAGUUGUAUGGCUGGGAAUGACACUCUUUCCAGCCCCUGGUCCAAAUAUACAACCUGAAGACUGCUACCUCAUUAACUUGCAAGUCUGGAUAACCAGACACACCAUACAGCCACUUGUCAAGGCAGCAUGGUCCACCAUUCCUGAAUAUUUUUUUCAUGUAAAUACUGGCUGUAAGCCUCUGUUAGUACUCAAGUUUUGUACGGUACUGUAACUUAAGUUACUUAUGCAAGAGAUAAUGGUAAUAUUUAUUAUGUUAAAGCUGGUGUGAAUGUGAGAGAUGAACUUUUUAUUCUGGAGCACAAAGGUUGCAACAAUUAUCUCAAAUCUUUAACAUUUAAUUUAAAAAACACAAAUUUGAACUUCUGUGGUAUUGACACAAAUCUUGUAAUAGUUAUAGUUCCUUCAUCAGCUGUCAAACAAAUGCCAUUAUUCCUCUGUCUUUAUGCACCAUUACUUUGAAUGGAAUAUUUCUUACACAAAAUAAAGUUUAUAUUGAUUCUA